AUGGAGAGCUGGGUUCUGGUGCCCUCAAGCGGCUCAAGCGGCGCUUUUGUGCAGGUUGGGUCUCCGGCAGCAUCUCAGAACCCACCGACCAGACAUGGAGCUGGAGCCUCCAGCGGCUACAAGGAUCUGCGAGGUCCUGUGCUUGCUGCUGGUGCCCUAGUGGCAGUGGCGCAGCAGCUGCGAAAGGUUCGUGUAGCACGGCGUUUCCGUGAUGAGGAGAGGAGGGUGCAGACGGACAGCAUGCUUGAUUGGUCAGCGGUCAGCAAGUCGAUGUCCCAGAUGACGCCGGCACAGGAGGAGCGAUCUGCCCCAGCCGAGAUGACCUUUAAAGGGCAAGGCUGGAGCAAGUUCCAUCCCGUGCGCACGUCAGCGCGGACUUCAGGAAAGUUGAAUGCAGAGCUGGCCAAUGGUCGCCUGGCUCUCCUCUCAGCUGAGCGCAGCACGAGUGCUAUAAAAGCACGUGCUGUGCCGGAUGCAGAGGACACGCUUGAACGAAAAAAGUUUGAUUUGAAGCAGCUACCGAGCGACGAGGGCUACGGUUGGGAUCCUGAGGAGGUUGAUGCAGAGAAGCCGUUUGAUCCCUCAGAGGAAAGGAUUGGCAUCACCGAGCCACUCGGCUACUUUGACCCCUUGGGCUUUGCGAAGCUUGGGGACUACGAAGGGUUUCGCUUCAAGCGAGCGGCCGAGCUGAAGCAUGGCCGUGUGUGCAUGCUAGCUGCGGUGGGCUUCGUUGUCCAACACUAUGUGCGAUUGCCUGGCUUCGACCUGGCAGGGACGGACUGGGGCAGUCAGUUCAAUACCAUCGUCACGAUUCCAGCCCUCUACCAGUUUACCGUCUUAAUGAUCAUUAUCCUCUUCCUUGAGCUCAGCAUAUGGGCACAGGAGGAAGACAAGGAGCCUGGCAACUUCGGGGAUCCGUUGGGCCUGGGCAUGUACGACGAAGAAAUGCGGAACCGAGAGCUGAACAAUGGGCGAUUUGCCAUGUUCGCUACGAUUGGGAUCAUUGCCGCCCAGAACUUCACUGGAAAGGAUGCCAUCGAGCAGUUGGGUUUGGCCUGA